AUGGCGGAGGAAGCGGAAGGGCCUCUAAAGCAGCUUCUGGUUCCCUUUCUUCUGCCUGAGAAAUGCUACGAUCGAUUUUUUGUUAACUUGGAUUUGCUUAACGUUCCCUGCCUCAAGAUCCUAAUCAGCAAAGGCCUAGGGCUUGGCAUUGUUGCUGGAUCAUUGUUGGUGAAACUACCUCAAGUGUUUAAAAUUAUGGGAGUGAAGAGUGCAGAAGGACUGAGCUUCCAGGCAGUUCUUCUGGAAUUGGUGGCUUUGACUGGGACCAUCAUCUACAGUGUGACCAACAGCUUCCCAUUCAGCUCUUGGGGUGAGGCCUUGUUCUUAAUGCUACAGACUAUUACCAUCUGCUUCCUGGUUCUGCACUACAGGGGACAUACCAUGAGAGGUGUAACCUUCCUAGGCAUCUAUGUCCUGGCCCUGCUUGUAUUGCUCUCACCCCUGAUACCCAAGGUUAUGGUCACCCUGCUCCAGGCUACCAACAUGCCUGCUGUGAUCAUGGGGAGGUUACUCCAGGCGAUCACCAACUUCAGAAAUGGUCACACAGGACACCUAUCAGCAGUCACUGUUUUCUUACUCUUUGCUGGCUCACUUGCCCGAAUCUUUACCUCCAUCCAGGAAACAGGUGACCCCCUGAUGGCUGUGACUUUUAUUGUCUCCUCUAUCUGCAAUGGCCUCAUUGCCUUCCAGCUCCUCUAUUACUGGAAUGUCAAGAUUCCUCACAAAUGGAAAAAGAAGGAUCAGUAGCAUUUGGGAUGCUUCUUCCCAGCCAGAACAGUAUCUCAAAGGCCCUAGUUUGGUCUUUAUUCCUUUUUCUUGAUAACCUUCUUGACUCCCACUUCUGAAGACUGAAGCUCUUUUGGAGCUGUGCUCCUCUAGUCUCUAUUCCACUCUAUUGAUGUGGUAACUUUUUAGAUUAAACAGCAAUCCCCAGCAUUCCCUGUUCUCCCAUUCCACCCCCCACUCCACCCUCAUCUUCUUGUGUGUUGGGAAGACUGAAAGAGAAGGUUUAGCCCUCAGAGCAUCCAGGGCUGAAAAGGUGUGACCUGGAGUUUUUGAGGAAGAUAACAAGUGAAGACAUGGGACCUCAUUAGUUAAUUAACUAGCUUUGUACUGAUGAUUCUAAUCAUUCAUCAUUGAGAUAAGACCUCUGGCUUCUUGGCAGAGCUGAAAGUGA